AUGCCCAGAAAAGGAGCUCGGGACACCCCAGGCCAGGCCCCCCAACACAAUCCUCGGAUAGGGAUUGGCUGUGCCCAGAUGCCCCUCGCUCGCAUGUCUCGAACCAAUGAGAGCCUGUCGCGCAGGCCUCUCCGCCAAUGGAGUUUCAGAAGACUUGGAAGGGCAACAUAUUGGAGGCGGGUCCAGCCGUCACGUUUCGGAGGCUUGGCCACGCCCACUCCUCACACCUUCCACGCCCUCUUCCUCCGAGCACUUGGGAGACCCAGAUGCUUGGCCGCAGGAGCGAUGCGUAGCCUUCGAUCUCUGCGGCUGCUGUUACUGCUCUUGCUCUCGCUGUGGGGGCCAAUGCCUCAGAGGGUGGAGACAGGCUCCGAAGGUCAGACGGCUGGGGAGCUGUACCAGCGCUGGGAAAAGUACCGCAGGGAAUGCCAACAGACCUUGGAGGCGGUGACGGCCCCCUUAGGCCUCGCCUGUAACGGGUCCUUUGAUAUGUACGCCUGCUGGGAAUAUGCUGCACCCAACGCCACUGCCAGAGCCUCCUGCCCCUGGUACCUGCCCUGGCACCAGAAAGUGGCCACGGGCUUUGUUCUCCGUCAAUGUGGUAGUGAUGGCCAAUGGGGACCUUGGAGGGACCAUUCCCAGUGUGAGAACCCAGAGAGGAAUGGCGCCUUCCAGGACCAGAGGCUGGUCUUGGAGCGAUUGCAGCUUGUGUAUACUGUUGGCUACUCCCUGUCUCUUGCCACACUUCUGUUAGCUUUGCUCCUCUUGAGUGUCUUCAGGAGGCUGCGCUGCACUAGGAACUACAUCCACAUCAAUCUGUUCACCUCGUUCAUGCUGCGGGCAGCAGCCAUCCUCACCCGAGACCGGCUGCUGCCCCCACCUGGCCCAUAUCCUGGGGACCAGCUCGGGACCCUCAGGAGCCAGGCUCUAGUCAUUUGCCGCACCGCCCAGAUCGUGACCCAGUACUGCGUGGGCGCUAACUACACGUGGCUGCUGGUGGAAGGCGUUUACCUGCAUAGCCUCCUAGUGCUCGUGGGAGGCUCCGAGGGGGACCACUUUCGUUACUAUCUGUUCUUCGGUUGGGGGGCCCCCGUGCUUUUCGUCAUUCCCUGGGUGAUCGUCAGGUACCUGUACGAGAACACACAGUGCUGGGAGCGAAACGGUAACAAAGCCAUUUGGUGGAUCAUCCGCACCCCGAUCCUCGUGACCAUCUUGAUUAAUUUCCUCAUCUUUAUCCGCAUUCUUGGCAUCCUGGUGUCUAAGCUGAAAACGCGGCAGAUGCGCUGUCCUGACUACCGACUGAGGCUGGCGCGCUCCACGUUGACACUGGUGCCCCUGCUGGGCAUCCACGAGGUGGUGUUUGCUCCCGUGACGGAGGAACAGGCCCGGGGCACCCUGCGCUUUGCCAAACUCAGCUUUGAAAUCUUCCUUAGCUCCUUCCAGGGCUUUCUAGUCAGCGUCCUCUACUGCUUCAUCAACAAGGAGGUGCAGACAGAGAUCCGCCGAGGCUGGCACCGCUGUCGCCUGCGCCGCAGCUUGGGCGAAGAGCAGCAUCACCCGUCGCAGCGCGCCUCCCGGCCCCGGCCCAAGGAUUCUGGCCCAGGAGAGGUCCCCACUGGCCGCACCCGGUCUUCGGGAACCUUCCCAGGGCCUGGGGAUGAGGCCAGCAGGGUCUUGGAAAGUUACUGUUAG